AUCCAUUGGGAGGUCGGGAACAUCCGAAGCGCGUCUGCGGGUGGAGUUGCGCCCCGCUGUAGCUGCGUCAUUAGCUGGAACUCACCGCGCAAAUGCGUCAGGGAUACACCAUUAAUCAUUUCUGAUAUUUUAAAGAAAACAGUCAUUGUUCAACUAUGAAACUACAACCAACCUAAGUGCGUAAUCAUCCUGAGAAAUUAUGUAGGCUCCUAGUUGAGAAACAAAAGCAAAAGCUACGGGAAGGCUAAAUGGCACCUCCUUCUAACAGCUGAUUUAGAAUUGUAUAGGCUCGGUUCUUCAGAACAUCUGAGAAAACGUUCAAAUCUCCCGAGACAAAUAUGGUGAGAGUACCUCAAGUCCCGCUGCUUCUCCUGACAUCGCUGACAGUUGUGUGCUCGAUAGGACCAAAGGUUCUGAACAUCAAGGCAGGUGAGAUGGUGGUCAUGCACUGCCCUUGGAACCAUCACCCUGAGCUGGUGUGGACCAGUCACACCAGUCAGGGGAUGACUCAUACCAACAUUACAUCAGCAUCAGCUGAUCACCGUCAGACGGAUGUGCUGAUUCUCGGAUGGAGCCUCGUCAUUGUCAGAGCUUCAGACGUCCAUCAGGGGAAUUACUCCUGCUCUGUUAGGAAUACCAGCAACCAGUUCUGGUUCAGACUCAGAGUGGACACUUCAAAAUCCAGAGACCAUGAAGAGAGGAGCCAGUACCCUACGACUUGUUUCACCCAGGAUUCCUGCACAUUGUUUUGCCCUACAGAGAGCAUCCCUAACAGAGACACUCCCAACAUCACCAGUAGAGGCAUUACGUGGUACAAGGAGGGCCAGACAUCACCAACUCAUCAUUACUUCUCUAGCGUGCAGGACAAAGACAGCGGCGUCUACACCUGCAUCAGAUCUUACCUCUACAGAGGUCACAUUUACAACAGGAGCUUCACAGUGGCACUGGAUGUCCAGCCAAGCAGAAAAUAUAGACAAUCUGUGAUUCUGUCACCGCAGCAUAAUGAUGUAUUUCCUGUAGAUUUAGGCUUGACCGCGGUGAUCGAGUGUAAAGCUGUCAUGUAUUCGGACUAUGAAGAGGUGUUUUGGAUAAGCGAUAAAUCUUUUGUAGAAAUCAAUGACAGCUUGCCAGUUUUCUACAAUUAUUCAAGAACGAAAAGCACAAAUGUAAUACACAUGACAGCCUCGCUAGUCUUCAAAAGAGUGUCAGAGGAGGAAAUGUUAAAGAACUACACCUGUAAACUGGAAUCUGACCUCCAACUCUCCACAUUCGCCACCAUCACGCUCUCCAUAAGAGCUCAGCCCUCGUACACGGCUCUGGCUGUGUGUUCGAUCGUCGUUGUGUUGGUGAUGGUUCUGACCGUUGUUGUCUACAGCAAGUUCAAAGUGGACAUCACCCUCUUCUUUAGGGAUGCUCUUGGAUGUCGAAGCAUCACUUCAGAUGGAAGAAGCUAUGAUGCAUUUUUGAUGUGUUACAUGAGUGACACUGAUAAAGGACUAAAUGAAGAUGACAGAAGACAGCUGGAAAACACUUUGGAGGAGCGGUUUGGGUACACGUUAUGUCUUUAUGAUCGAGACAUUUUACCAGGACAGGCUGUAGCAGAAACUGUGUUAGAAAGCACAGAGCAGAGCCGAGCUGUGGUUUUGGUUCCCUGCUCUUCAGAUCCUGGACCAGGAAUUGGCUUGUUGAGUGCCAUCCAUGAAGCCCUUGUGGAACGGAAGACUCGCUUGAUUUUGAUCAACACCAAGCAAACAGAAGGAUCAAAAUCAGACUCAUUACCAGAGGCCUUGCAGCUUCUUAGUAAGGCUGGAGACUGUGUGACCUGGAAGGGCAGUCCGCCUUCAUCGACGUUCUGGAAGGAGCUACGUUAUCACUUACCAGCACCACAGCAUGCACCUAGAAGAACACACCGACUUCUAUCACAAACAGUCUACGAAGUUCCCUCAUUGUAAACCUCCUGCAUAGUCUAAUGUUGGAUUUGAUUAUUUAUACUUCACAUAGUGUAAGAUAACAUAUCAUAAAAGUAGAAAUGUCUUCACUAUGCUUUAAAGUGGCUUGUCUUUACCAUCUGUAAUCUUUAUAAAUCCAGUAAUGUGAAGUGUGCCCAAAUGGAAUGACAAACUGUAAAAAACAAUCAUUUCUGAGUUUUGUUUCCCCAGUCAGUACUCUCCAUUAGAGGCUGAUAGUAGAUGAUCCUCUUGGGGAGAUACUUCUCUGCAUUUGACCCGUCAGGCUGUGGUUCGUAGAGUUGAACUGGUGUUAACCCUGUUAGGUAAUUUUAUCUCCCAUCCAGGAUUACCUUAGGGAAAGUUCAACACGCAGGGGUUAUAAUAAUCAGCUGAUCAAUAACCAAUACCAAUAAUCAACCAACAACAAUCAAUUUAGACUUUGCAAAGUGGAGAGAGAUCAAUGAUACACACCAGGCGGUAGUCAGUUUGCUCUCAUCAGACAAAACCCUCAGAAAGCAUUUAUUAAGGCAGACACACAAAAAGAUAAACGCACACACAAUACACACAAACAUUUGAGGUUCUCACAGACUCUCACACAGGAAGACACUCCAGGUGCAGUUUCUAAAACAAUAAAGCUGUCUCAAGGGAGUUCUAUUGAUAAGGGGGACUGGGACAGGUACCAGGCGAGGUCAAAACCUUCCAACACGUCCUCCCUGUGAGAACUGAAAAGGCCUGUCUCUUACCCGAGUAAAACAAAUGGAUGAAGCUUCGUUUAAAACACCAGAUGUUACACAGUCAAGUCAUUACAAUACAUGUUUUUAUCCAACAAACCCUGUGAGCUCCGAGCACAGCUACAGCAACCAGCAGCAUGGUGAUUAAAGUCUGUUUAUGGUUUUUCUCAGAA